ACAGUCUACUGUAUUACUGGCCGGCGCUAUGCUUACACACGACAAUGAAUGGGGAAUCAUUUUUGUUACGUUCUAGAUACGAGAUUUUGACAUCACCUCUUUUCCACAAAUCAUCUAGAGCAGGGAGCCCACAAUCUGCAGGAUGUCUGCUAAAGCAUUGUCCAAAGUCCUGCAAGAUGAUGGGCUCAUAUGCCAACUCACAGAGAGCAUCGAUCCUGUUGACUACUACUUACCCUUAUUUCGCGACCUCGGUUUCCAGGCCGCUGUCUCAAAUAUCAUUGGAUGGACCGAGCAGGAUUAUCAGGAUAUUGUUUUGCAGUGUUUGUCUAUGUGGAUAAACGCGAACGGAAAAAGAGCAGGCACAAAGCUUGUGGAGAUACUCAAAGGGGUGGAGAUGCCUGUAGUAGCGACUUAUUUAGAGCAAGAACUCAAAAGGAGACCAAACUUCCUGAUUGAGGAUACCUCCCUUGGUACUCUUGCAUCAAAGCUAGACUGUACAUUGGUCUAUAGGAAGCUUGGACUACUUCUCCUGGAGAACAACUGUAUGAAGUUUGACAAACUGAUUAGUUUUUUCAACGUCCUAGUUGCACAGCGCGAAAAGGCUCUCUUCCAUGUAUUAAUCAAAUGGAGAAAUCAAGUGGGGUCAAGCAUAACAUUCCUUGAAGAACUCAAGAAAAUCCUCCUCAAACAUGGCCUGGAAGAUGCUGCCCGACAACUUCAUCUUAUGGAAUAUGGCCCAAAUGCUGCCUCAUCCAGUGCCGGAUCUAACCCUCCAGAGGAGCAUAAGAGAAAGCUCUCAAGUUCCUCACCUACCCCCUCUACCAGUUUUGCAAAGGUCAACAGUUCUAGGUCAAGCACAGAUCAGGUUCAAGGGCCAAGUGAAGAGGUCACAAGGUCAAGGAAUCUGGGCGAAGAAGGUCGGAGGUCGAUAAAUCUGAGCAAAGAAGGCAGGAGAUCUAGAAGGAGUACAGACGAGGUCAAAUCGGCAAAGGCUACAGAUGUCGAUCCGAAAAGGUCAAAGUUAGCAAAGAAGUCACCGGAUGUGCCUGCACUGGUGCCAGCCAGGAACGGAGGGCACGUUUUGAUGGGAGCUGGGAGUGUUAAGAAGGAAGUAGAAGAGAGAGAGAGGACUGGUGUCAAGCUUUCUUCAACCAAGCCUACCACCAUCCCGAGGCCUAGGCCCCUAGGUAUCCAUCAGGGAAAAAAACUCCAAUCAGCUAGCAAUUCUGCUAAUCGAGGUCCUAUGGAUAUACUACAUGUAGCAAAACUGAGGAAAUGGAGACCGUCAAUCCUUCAAGAAGUACUCCCCUACACGUCACACAAAAAGAGUUCUAUGACAUUUAUCUACUUUCAUCCUCAAAAAAAACAACAUAUUUUCGGAAGAUGGAGAAGCUCAUUCAAAGGAAUGGGUGGAAAAUGACAUCUCCUUUUGAUGGUAAACUUGGCGUGCCGAUAUUAAAAAGUAUUGAGAAGGACGUCUCAAACUGUUCACAUGUGGUUUAUCUUAUCACGAAAGAGGAUCGUGAGAAUGAAAAUGUGGAUAUCACCAUGACGAUUGAGAUGGCGCUCAAGUCUGUCACAGGCAAGGACUUAGGAGGCAGAGUUAUUCCUGUGUUCUGUUGUGAUAUGUCUUUCGUCCCGCUGAAACUGAGGACCUUGACAGGAGUAAACAUUCGCGAUAAAGCACUCGAAGAAAGAUUGAGGAAAAGUAUUGAUUUGAACAUCAGGAAGGAAAGAGAAGAGGAGUAUAGCUCAGUUUCAGGAGGUCUCAGAUAGACAGGAAGACUGACGAAAGGUUGAAAGCUGUUGCUGGAACAGUUGUCAAGCAUGGAGAUAUAGAUCAUCUUGGGAAGGCUCUCAGCUUUGGACGAGUAGAUGCUGUAUCCACCGUUACAUGUACUGUAUUGUAUGUAAACACAAACCUGAACAAUCCACAUGUAUACAGUAUAUUUGCCUUGCCUUGCCUUAGGGCAUUAUUGUACAUACUGCAUGUACUAAUAUUUCUAAGAUAGCACAUCAAACUGUAAAUAUCUGCCCUUUACAUUCGGUUCAGUAUAUUUUUUCAAAUGUAUGCAGUAACCUGUUGACUCUGAUUUUCACUGAAAUUCACUCAUUCCCAUACACAUAACGUAGGUACCAAUUGGUUCCAGUAGAAAAUGAUUUAAAUGUUGUUCAUGAAUUAAAAUGUUUAUUUCUAUUGCUAUUCUAAUGAUAUUUAGUUUUGGAUAAAUUAUUAUAUAAUAUGUUUGUAGGAUUAAUUUUCAACUUGACCGAAGUUCACAUUCCUGGUAAUGUUUAUAAAAGGAAAUUCAUGUUGAAAUCGCAAUGUAAUGGUAUCUACACAGGUACAUGUACAUGUACUGUAUAUAUAGGCCUACAUGUAUUUGCAGUGCAAAUCCAGUUGUGAGUGCUACUUUUUAUAUUAGGGAUCCUGUAUUUGCUGCAACUUGUUUAAACUUUGAAGAUCAUAGCUACCCAAUUUUUUCCACUAAAGAACAGCCUCCAGGCUUUUUUAGGUGUGGCUUGAAACUGUUUUUAUUGUACAACACAAUAUUAUUAACCCCUCAAUAUUUCUUUUAUCGAAAUUUCAAUGUAUUAUUUUAUUGCAUUUAUGCAAUUUUGUACUUUUUAUACCAUCAGAUCGAUAUACAGGUAGGUUAUUUUCAUACAAUCAUUUUAUCAUGGUUUGUAAAAUGAAGACAAAAUGAAAUGAAUUGAAAUGAAAACAAAUGUACAUGCUCUGUAUUGUCUAAUACAUUUAUACUCUUCGCCAUAAUCCAAUCUCAUAGAUUCGAAAGAAAUACAAAGUUUACAUUACAGUGUAUAAACCAUAUAUGAAAUGUUAUGAAAGUAGGCAGUGUAAAUUAUAUUUGAAACUUUAGAAAAAUAUAGAAAUGCAAAUUAAAGAUGUGAAAUUCAAGGAGGUAUCAAGAGGAAUACGGUACCCGGUAUUACUAAAUACUAAAUGUCUGUUAUAUAUAUAUAUAUAUAUAUAUAUGGUUGUGGUGGUUAUUUACCUGACUGCUAAGGAAGCAUUAAUGCUUGUUAGUAUUAGCAACCAGAGGACCCACGGCUUAGUUGAGGUCCUCUCCGAGGUAUAUACAUGUGCAUGUAUAUACUGCUUCCUAGUCUGUUUUGUGGAUUUAUAUUGAUAAGAAGUAUUAUGGAUUUGAUUUUAUGUUAGGUGCUGUUUACCUGCCAUAUGAAGGUUCUAUUCAUCACACUUAUGAGGUUUUAGAUCUCUUGACUCGGGCCUGG